AUGCCAUUGUUCCUAUUGUUAUUGUUAUUCCCUUAAUUCCUAUUUUAGUUUAAUUAGUUGAUGAUAUGGUUAUUGUUUGGCAGCAACAUCUCUUAACUAAAUAAAUAAAUAGUAUAGAUUAAUAAAGCCUAUUAACUCUUUGUACUACAGAAACCUUAAUACUUUAAUACCAAAUUUGUUUAAUAAGAUUUGAAGAUUCAAUCUUUCUAUUUAGAUUUUAACAAGCAAUUUAUAGUAUUAAUUUACCUCACCUUUAAAUCUUUAAUGAUUCUAUUAAAGAAAUAAUAACCAUUUAGUAAAAUGUAAUCUUUUAAAGUGUAUAUAUACAUAAGAAAUCCUAAAUUACCUAUAUAGAAACAGUAAAUUUAAUUUAUAUUUCAAAUAUUUAGAAUAAACAUGUUUAUAGUUCUAAUUUGA